UAGUUUUAGGUUGGUUGUCAUAUUUUUAAUAACCAUGGCAACCAAAUCCCUGAUAUUGAUUAUUGUCCUCGUCUGUCUGGUGACUCAUUAUAAAAAAAUGAACAGAUGCACUGCACGGUUUCGUCGUCCUAUUGUACAUUACGACAAAUGCUACUUCAAUAACAGAGAAACUGAUAGAGACCGCUACAUGAAUGUUGAAGUAACUCCUGUACAAGACAGCGAGAGUUAUCGUCCCUCUCCUACACUAGAGUUGUCUAACCUACACCAGUACAGCGAAGUUCAGGAUGUCCUGACCUUGACCCACUACACUGAACCCACAGACACACGGGGUCAUCAACAAAGUGAGACACACGUUGGGGACAUCUUGACCUUACACGCACAGGAGCGGCACUACAGCGUGGUAGAUGUUCAAGUCUCGCUGGCAUCAAGCGUUCGUCAUCUGAAUCAAAGUGCUAAGGCUAUAGAAGGCCAGCUGACGUCAGAACAGGUUGAACAGUUAAACGACGGUUACAUCACUCCGAUAGAUCACUACUCGAUCAUUGAUUGA